GUCAUUGGUUUACAGCGGGGCGUUGACAAUGGGUCACGUUAUUUAUGUUAAGAAGCAUCCAAUACAGUAGCUAAUAAUGCCAGGUUUAGUCAUUUCAGAGCAGGAUGGUGCUAAAGCAAGAGAAAAUUGGGGGACGAAGAUUGAUUUUCUUCUCUCCUGUUUGGGAUACGCAGUUGGUUUGGGAAAUGUAUGGAGAUUUCCAUACAUGUGCUAUAUCAACGGCGGCGGUGCUUUCUUUGUCCCGUAUUCUAUCAUGCUGUUCUUCGUUGGGAUUCCAAUAUUCUUCAUAGAAGUCUCGCUUGGUCAGUUCUCCAGCAACGGACCGGUGACGUGUUGGAAAUUCGCUAAUCUUUUCAGAGGUCUUGGGCUCGGCAUGGUGCUGGUGUCCGCCACUGGCGCCAUCUACUACAACAUGAUCAUCGGCUGGGCGUUCUUCUACCUGUUCGCGUCGUUCACCACGGAUCUACCGUGGAUGAAGUGUCGCCCAGAGUGGAGUAGUCCAAUGUGUUUGACGAACCUGCCGACACUGAACGAAUCGCACUGCGUUCACCUCGGUUACAGCGUGGAACGCAACGGGACGUGUUACGCCAAUGGAACGCUGAGAGCGCUCUACGACGAAACGCUAGCCAGACACAACAACAUCAGAAAGAUCCUUCCUACACAGGAGUACCUCAGUAAUGUCGCCUUUGGGAAAAACUGCACAGCUGGCUUCAGUGGCGUUGGUUCAUUCAGAUGGGAACUGAUUCUGUGUUACCUGCUGGGCUGGGUUGUCGUGGGGCUGUCGCUGAGUAAUAGUCUCAAGACGUACACUAAGGUUGUGUAUUUCACUGCCACGUUUCCCUACUUCGUGCUACUGAUUCUACUCAUACGAGGUCUAAUGUUGCCUGGACACCGCGAGGGCAUCAGUUACUACCUGACUCCAGACUUCAGCAAACUCGCCAAGGCAAAGGUAUGGAAGGAUGCGGCACAACAGAUUUUCUUUUCAAUAGAUGCUUCGUGGGGAGGUUUGAUAGCAUUGGCCAGCUAUAACAAAUUUAAAAAUGACAUUUUCAGGGAUACACUGUUUGUAACGCUCGGCAACUGCUUUACGAGCGUGUUCGCUGGGUUCGUAGUCUUCACCUAUCUGGGUUUCCUAGCUCAAGAGUUGAAUGUCCCCAUUUCGGAAGUCGUGGAAAAAGGCCCAGCUCUCGUGUUCGUGGUCUACCCGUUCGCCGUCACCAUGCUUCCUGCUCCGGUCAUCUGGUCCAUUCUCUUCUUCUUCAUGCUAAUCUUGCUCGGCUUGGAUACGCAGUUAGUUCUGGUGGAAACGUGCGUGACCAGCCUCGUCGACGUAGUUCCGUAUCUGCGUCCCUUCAAAGGACGGGUCGCCAUGGGCAUGUGUGCGCUCUUCUUCGUCAUGGGUCUCACGUUGGCCACAGAGGGCGGUGUUUGCAUCCUGCGUGUAAUGGACGAUUUUGGAGGAGGCUGGAACAUCUUCAUCAUAGCCACAAUUGAAUGUUUCGCCAUUGUUCACAUAUACGGACUGCAACGGUUUUUGAUGGACAUUGAGUCUAUGACUGGUAAGAGAGUAUGCGGCUUCUGCGGCUGGUCGCUGGUUCAAUACUGGUUCAAGGCGUGUUGGUCGUUCGUCACGCCCGUUCUCUUGGUGUUUACCAUGGUGUUUUCCUGGACUAACUAUGAACGUAUGAAAGGCUUUCCGGACUGGGCUGAGGUAAUGGGCUGGCUCAUUGCGUUCUCGGUGAUUGUCGCAAUAUUCAUUCCGGCCAUCUACCUCCUUUGCACCUCGCGUGGGACUCUGAGAGAGCGGAUUCGGUUUGGCCUCACGCCGACCGUAGACUGGGGUCCUGCUUUGAUCGAACACAGGAGGUUGGUAGCCGAGUACGUCCCGGGCUUCGUGAUAGACCCCAGGAAACACAUCGAGUUGGAAACAACUACAAACAAGCAGAAUAUUACAGAGAGUGCGAAUCUCAUCACUGAAGUAUCCGCAGAACAGCCGCCGACAGACGCCCCGAAUGAACAAGGUAAAUAAUAAAACAUGUCUACAGAUUCCAGGACGGACAGUCUCUAGUUAGACAUAUGGAGAACGCUGUUGCUGGUUGAUGUCACGUGUAGAGGAAAAGAGUCAUAUUUCUGGGUUUAACUUGUAUGGGUUGGACAAUGUGCUGGGGUGUCAUUAAACAAACAUUUCUUUCCUUUGAUUCCAGUAUGUAGGUAAACUGUGACCAUGUUUUAGCUAGUUGUCGUAGCUAAUGUCAUUGGGAGCUAAAACAAUAUUUUAAUGUAUACAUUUUAUAUAGAGACUAUACAUGUGACAUUGUAAAUAUCUUCUCUUUUUUCCCCCCAUAUUUUUGCCAAAUAAAAAUGUUUUGAAUAAUA